AUGGGAUUGCCAGAACUUAGCCCUGUAAAUGUUGAUUUUCUUAAACAAACAUUAAUGUAUGAUAAAGAAAAACGUGAAGAGGCUAGGGCUGCUUUUGAACAAAUAUUUGAGGAUGUAGUUAAAGGAGAUUGGUCAAUACAUUUGAAUUGGUUUUUUCAUUCGGUUCGGCAUAUGUAACGGUUAUAGAAUAUAUUUCUAAAAUUUUUUCCUAUUUUUAUUUUAACAAAUUUCUAUUUUCUGUACAAUAUUUUGAUAAGCCAUUAGUUUUUAGAAUUCCUUUAUGUAUAUUUUGCAGUGAUCAGUUUACAUUCAAAUCUG